AUGGAUUACACUCCUAUCGAUUGCCGAAUCGCAGAUAUUGUCCAGAAAACAAUCGACAUUACGGGCAAAUCUCGUCGAGACGAUAGAGAGCUCACGAAACUACAUAAGCACGCCCAUGAUAUCAUGAAAGUACAUCCGGCAAAGCAUGUGGAAGUAUGUUUGGUCGGUCAGCAGGCCACGGGCAAGUCCCUUGCUAUCAACGCCCUCUUACACCGCCGCCGUCUCUCGAAGAUAUCGGCUUCAGGUUCGGCGUGCACGGCUACCGCUAUCAAGUAUAUCCAUCAUCCCGAAAGAGCCGACGAUAGCGACCUGUACGACAUUGACAUUCAGUUCAUGGAUGAUGAAUGUCUUCUGGAAGCCACGGAGGAGCACAUUCGGCGAUAUUAUCACUUCAAUUACUCCGACAACGUGGAUCCCGAUUUCUCAGAUGAAGAGGAGGCAUUUGCCGAAUCGGCCAUGGAAUUUUUCAACUUAGUAUGCGACAUUGCCAAAAAGCAAGAGAAUCAAGUUGAACUGGACCUUUUACUAUGCCAACCUCAGAUUGAAAAUGGUCGACUCUUACAACAUAUACUCGACAAGGCUCGUCUUCGCAUCCUCGCAACAGGUGCGAACAGCGCAGGUGUCAAGAAAUUGAGGAAUAUCACGACUGACCAGUUCAAUAAGUCCAUAUCGGACAUCGUCACUCAUAGCGACACUAAAUCUCCCAUGUGGCCCAUUGUACAACACGUCAAUAUAUACAUGGGCUCGGCUUUACUAAAAAAUGGAGUGACAUUGGUUGCUUGCCCCGGUCUUGGUGACCUGAACCAUAAUCGCACUGCUGUUACAAAUGCUCUUCGCCGACAGGCGCAUGCUGAAUUGAUAUUCGGAAAGUCGGCUCGUGUCGAGACUGAUCAAGCCAUCCACCGUCAGAUAAAAGACUCCAUUAAGGCACACGGUGCGCAGAACACGAUCUUGGUUUUAACUAAGAUAGAUGAAUUCUUACUAGAGGAUCAUGCGAUUGAAACCAUUAUUUCAGAGAAUGAAAGUCAUCCUUUUCCUGAUAUUGCAAGGCAUCAUAAAUUGGCAAAUGCUCAAAUUGACGAGAUCGUAAGGAAGCAAGAGGAAGAUAAUCAGGACAUUGCUGAGGAUGAGCUCGACUCCCAGCUUGAUUCUCUGAAGAAGUACCAGGACUAUCUAACUCACACUGCCAAAAUUACCUAUAUCCGUAAUCCAGCGAAUAAUCUCGAAAGGACUAUGCGGUGCAAGCUCAUUGAUGGAUCUGAGCCUAACCCCAUCACUGUAGUUUCGAUUACCGCCUCGAUCUAUCUCCAAUGGAUGCAAACCCGGUUGCGUCAACCGCCGGUAUUGAGCCCACAUAUAACAGGCAUACCAUAUUUAAGGAAGAUACUCACAAAACUACCAAUGGAUGCAGAGUGGAGGCAAUACCGUGACCAUGUCACAAAACGAAUACCUCUUUUUCUCGACAAAGUCACUUGGGCCAUCGAUACAGAACAUCGUAAUGUUUCUUAUGAGAAGCUGCGACCGAUGUAUAAGCGAUUUGUUCAGUCUUUCGAAGAGAAACAAAAGGAUUCCUUGAAACACUUUCUACAGACUCGAACGCCAUCUAUGUGGCCACAUAAGAGGCAGGCGAACCAACAAUUGGAAGCUAUUGAUCAAGUGGUACAAGAAUGGAGUAAUGGAGUACGGUGGAACACAUUCGACAGAAUGCUUCGGGAGAGAGGGACUCCAUUCAAAAGUCAAGCUGCGAAGUACAGAGGACAAGCUAUCCACUGGAAUGACGACAUAUGUCGGGCAAUCGCACCUGAGGUUGCACGCUGGUCGAAGGAACUGAAAUCAGCAAUCGCACUUUUUACUCAGGAUGUGCGCAUGGAGACCAGCAGCCUUUGUCAACAGGUUUCAACCUUCAUUCAAAGAUCAUCCCUACCUGUGGUCUACAAGAACAUCGCCCAAGAUGAAUGGAAAAAGUGUCAAACGACUGUUCUCAACGACACCCUGCAAUUGUUACGAGACCUUCUGGACGAACAAGUCGAGAGAGUCCACAGAUAUGCAAGUACAGAGACAGAUAUUCGAUGCAUGAUUGCCAAAUUGAACAUACCCGUUUAUGACUAUACUUCAAAUCUUCCAAAGGCACCCGGUCGGUUCAAGCGACAACAAAAGGAACUGAGGAACGAAAUAGUGAAUCAAGAUGGAAAGGGAGAAGCGAUACUGGAUCGGAUUACCGAAGCUCUUCGCAGUCAUACAUGGAAAGAGUUAGACUCUGCCUUCAAUGUCUUUGUUGAAGAACUCCAUGCACAACUAAUCCUCUUUGACGAUCAUAUUUAUGAGCGUCUUCCUCCGCAGUAUAUGAUUACUCCUAAAGACCAAGAACUGCGAAUGCACCUAGAGAAAGCGCUUCGGGUGCAGAAGACCAAAGCAAAUGCAUUACUAGCUUUGUUCUGUGAGAAAUAUUCGCAAUCAAGAAUGGCACAGGCAACUUCUCUAAUUAGCGGAGAAGGUUCUGAUGGUGAGGCGAUCAACCAGGAAUCACCACGGAAGCUUAGGAAGGUUACCCUGACCAGUUAA